AUGAACGAUGACUGCAACACAACUAUCAAAGAAACGUUCCAGGAACCGCGGAAAAGGUUUUGGCUGAGAUCAAGAAAACGACCAAAGAGCGAUGCGAUGAGCAUUAGCUCGAUGGACAUAUCCAUGGAAUCUGAUAUAGGAAAGAAGAAAAAACGCCGCAGGAUUACAGAGGUUGCUAGCAGUAUAUUUUCUUCUUCCUUAGUAGGAACUAAGCUGGGGAAUACUCUGCACAGAUCUUUCACGACCCAACCAAACUCAUCGGAUUUAUCAAUUAUUGAGGAUGAAGUAGAUACUGGAACAUUACGUAGAAAAUUGAAUAAUGUUGCUGAGAGUUGCAACAACUUGACAAUCAAGAGUUGGAUGUUGGAUGUUGCGCAGUCACAUGGCAAAGAGCGCUUAAACAAUAUAUUAAGUCGAAGUGAAAUUAAAAGACAGGAGGCUAUUUAUGAAUUGUACUGUGGUGAAAAUGUGCUAUUAAAUGAGCUCUAUGUACUAAAAAAUUUCUAUUACGAACCAAUGUCGUCUACUGAAAUUUUUACAUCCGAAGAGUUAUCCACCCUUUUUGGUGAUCUCACAAAUCUUAUUGAGAUACACAGUAACUUAAGGGAUGAAUUACUCAAACUCAGAGAUAAAUCUGGAUUCACAAAGACUGUCGGUCCAACAUUAUUGAAUUGGCUGUCUACGUUAAAGAAACCGUAUCUGGAGAGAUGCAGGACAUUAGUUUGGGCGAGACAUUUACUGGACGAGAAGAAAUUUAGUAAUAAAAGAUUCCAAUCAUUUCUGAAAAAACGAUUAGAGUUACCACAUUCUGUCGACUUGUGGACUUAUUUAGACGUGCCACGUUCAAGGAUCGUCAAGUAUCCAUUAUUGGUGAAGGAGAUCUUAAAACAUACUCCCACUAGUGACGCAGAUUAUUUGUUGCUGAAAGAAGCAAGUAAUGUCCUUUCCGAUAUGCUAAAAGAUAUUGAUUGGAUCAUGGGUGAUGCCGAGUGCAAGGUCGCACAAUCGAAAAUAAAUGCAAAGAUCGAGUAUGAUCCUGACAAGUGCAUCGUCAACGCCACAGAGUUAAUCAUUGAAGGUCAGCUUAAAGACGCACGUGGAAUAAAAUAUUACUGCUUUCUUUUCGACACAUGUUUCGCAAUAACUCGUCCUACACGGCGUGUUAGCAAAAAGUACAAUCUGUUCUUUCCCGUCGUACCUAAAGAACAAAUAUAUGUACAAACGGACGAUAAAAAUAACGCGGAAAUCGGAUUUAAAGUCCGAGAACAUUCUUUCAUAAUGGAAGAUGAACAUAAAAAACGGCAUUGGAUUGAUGCAUUCAACAAGUUGUACUCUAGAAUGAGUAUUCCGGACAAAGUGUUUAACACUGAUGACAAGGAGAACUUGUUGAAUAACACAGAAUUAUCAGAGUCGAAUAUUCGCGUUACACGGACAUCAAUGUCUAGGAGAACUUCCACAAGCAGUAUAAACGAUAAUCAUUUUUCCUUUUCUAUAAGGAAAAGUUUGCUCAAGCAAAAGCGCAACAGUAUCGGCUAUAUAUAAUGAAAGCUCAUUUGCGAGCUUUUGUACUUUUGAUAAGAAGCAUAUUCGUCAAUAUAUUAUACAAAAACGGUGACACAUUUCUAAUUAGUACAAAGAAAGUUAGGGCAACAAAAAUUAUUCUUAUUCGUGUUGUAAUUUUACUUUACAAAAUUCUAGCAUUUUAAGUUUAAAGGAAUUUUUAGUAAUUACUAAAAAUUUUUUGAAACAUGGCAGCACAUUCCAUAAUAUGUACAA